AUGGUCCAUCCGAGACUUCGGCCGGAUCAUGGAAGAGGACAUAAAACCAAAGCGAGCCUGUUUGUUCUUUCGUUAGCGAUAUUUGCAAUUGUCGUACUUCUCGAGGAAGUGACUCAAUCAAGAAAUACUACAGCUGGCAACCAGAGGAACGCAAAUUUCAAGCAGGCAGGCGAUGGUUCGUAUAUGAACGUCCGUGACGAUAGUGAGGUAGAGGAAGAUUGCCUACAGUUUGGUUGCCCAAUAUAUCCUGCCGAGUUGACCCCAGAGGUGUACUCCUACCUCAAGGCAUCCAUCGUUCGAAACAAGCACCAAAACUAUCCCUUUGCCAACGAAAAUAUGCUUAUUGUAACACAACAGGGAGCCUCCCACCACGAAAAUCAAGAUCGGGCUUCAAUAAUCGAUCCAUUCAUGAUCUCGUCAUCUUCCAAGAACGUGGUCAUCAACGGAACAUUGAUAUGUCUCUUUGACGGACACGGCGUGCAAGGACACAUAGUUGCCAGUCAUGUGUUGCACGAAUUUCCAAAGCUUUUGGCCAGCAAAUUGGAGGCCCUCCGCAUGUCUGAGGACCAUGAAGUGCCAGACGCAAUCAUCAUUCAAAUGUUGAAAGAAUCCUUUGUGGAAGUAGACAUUUACGGGACACCCAACUUCUUGCUUGGAGGAACCACGGGAUCUGUUACCCUUCGAUUGGGAUCCAAAUUGUACAUUGCCAAUGUAGGCGACAGUCAAACUAUGGUGUUCUCAAUGCCAAACAACGGUACCACUAUUCGAACGACUGCAGGACCUCUACAGGAUGUCGAUAUUCGCUUUGCCACUCGCAAAGACAAGGCGCUCUUACCGGACGAACGUGAUCGGAUUGAAAAACUGGGUGGGAAAAUUCAUGUCAAUCCACAUAGCAACGAGUCGGUUGUCGUCGUGUAUUCUGUAGCAGCCAGAGAUACGAUCAUGUUGGCCAUGUCGCGAAGUAUUGGUGAUUGGGAAUGGAAAGUGGUCGGGGUGACUGCGGAACCUUUGGUGGACGUUGUCCACCUAAACCAAUUACCGCCAAACUCGUUUCUCAUGGCGGCUUCUGAUGGGGUCUGGGAUGUGCGCCGCAAACAGUUUUAUGGCAAACAAUUUGGUGAAUGCUUCUUUCCAAUUGAAGGGCAUUCUGGAGGCGGAAGUGUUCAUCCAUUGGCCAAGGGUCUAGAAGUCUUUGAAACGAUUACACCAAAAGUUCAAAAAGGAUAUCGAGACGAUAUGACGGCAAUCCUUCUGGCGUUAUGA